AUGACCGACCGGCUUUUUCUGUCAGAUUUAUGUCCGGCCGGCCGCGGUGCCAGCGUGGCCUUGACUAGCGGCGUGCCGUGGACGGCGACGUCAGGGACUCUGAGCAGUGGCAGAGGCUCUGCUGCAGCCGGUAAAGCCAGCGCCACUCUGCUCCUCCUGACUGGCUACAAGUCGGCGCCGGUGCCUGCUGGGCCCAAAGUGGCACCGAAAGCAGCCGAGGUAGAAGAUGGAGACGAUCACCCGGAAAUGGCCGAACUGCCCCCGAAGCCCCUUCCCCAGACCAUGUUGCCAAGAAACAUGACGGCCGACGCCCUGAAGCCCCCGCUCGGCGCCGCCCAGGUGGCUCCGCCCCCCCCAGCUGGUGGACGUGGACGUGCAGAUCUAGAAAAUGAAAUUGGUUCCUGUGGAACCCAGGCUUGGGUUGUCGUGCCCAGACUUCAAACCUCCCCACCUUUGCUCCUCAGGGGUUACUUUGACGUGAUGGGUCACUUCGACAGCACGUUCAACUGCUCCCAGGGCAGCUACAUCUACUGCUGCGGCACCUGCCACUACCGGUUCUGCUGCGAGCACCAGAGGAACCGACUGGACCAGGACGCCUGCAACAACUACAACUCCCCCGUGUGGGCCGACCCCCAGGUGCCCGUGACCGUGCCCGCCGGCAAGAAGCACGUCCCCGAUUUCGAGACACUGGAGCAGCAGAACAACAGCACGGCUUACGUGAUCGGAGGGGUGAUCUCCUUCACGCUGGUGGUGGCGGUGGGCGUCAGGAUCGCCUUCAGCAAGGUGGCGCGUCGACCCCGCAACAGAGACAUCAACAUGCCCAGGUCUCUGGUGGAUAUCUUGCGCCACCAGUCGAGCCCUGUGCAGCAGGGCGAGAGGAACAACACCACGGUGCUGACCACCACCACCUCGGACGGACGCACAUCUAAAAACCUCUACACCCCCAUCCUGCAGAGCAAAGACAACCGCAGUAAGUGGGUCUGCUCCAGCCCCAAACACUCUGCUACCAUCGAGCGUGGGACCCCGCAUGAACAACACCCCGCAGCUCUCCUCCGGUCCCAAACUGAUUUCCAGCAGCAGCAAAGGUCCUGGAGGGGUCGGCGUGGAGGCGGCGGCAUCAUGGGAGGGGGCAUGAGACACAACAGCAGCCAACCGUCGUUCUCGCACUCCUUCCACAACCUGGCCCAGCUGCCGCCGUCCUACGAGGCCGCCAUGAAGCCCGAGAUCAGCCGCUACAGCUCCCUGAAGAGGCUGGAGAAAGAGCUUGACGAGUACACUACCACUCCUCCAAACUCGCGCUCCAACAACGCCCCGCCCUCCUUCCACUCGUCGCAGCACCACCUGCCAUGGGGAGGGGACUACACGCUGGGGUCCAGGGGCACGCGGCCCCUCCACGGCUCCCGCCCCCACCUCCACAUCCCGGCCUCCACUCCCAACCCGUACCCGCUGCCCGCCUAGUCGCAGUACACCAACUCCAGCUUCGACCGGCCGCCGCGCCGCGUCCGCUCCCAGGACCAGCUGCUGGCGCUGGGCGAGGGCAACACGCUGUCCCGCCUGUCCAAGAACCAGCAACACCAGUACUACAAAGCCAUGAUGAGCACCAGCAGGAGCUCCACGUCGCAGACGCUCCGCAGGUCACACGAGCGGCUCCUGGUCUCCCCGGACCGCCUGGAGGACCGGCUGCUGGCCAUGGGCCUGGUGAUCGGAGGAGGAGGAGACAGAGGAGUGGACAGAGGAGGCAGCGGCAUGGUUCCCACCAUGGGCCGCCUCAGCCACCACCAGAAGGCCCAGUCGCAGCAGAACAUCUGCGUCACGCCGUCCAUGGACCGCCACCACAUGAUCAAGAUGAACUCCCACCCCACGUCCGGCCACGAGCACGACGCGGCCCCCAUGCCCGGGAUGAGCAUGCACGGCGGCUGGGACCCCCACGGCGGCGGCGGAGGAGGGGGGACGGGCGGAGGACACCCCAACGCCCGGCGCAUGGCGUUCGCCAGCAAGAGGCAGAACACCAUCGAACAGCUGCACUUCCUCCCCGGAGGAGGGCAGGGACUGCGGACUGGGAGCAAGAACGAGGUGACCGUGUGAGCGAGGAAGAGCAAGAGGAAGAGGAAGAGGUGAAGUUGUACAGAAGCCGACGGCUUGAGAGGGAGGCGGCGAGGUGUUUGCGGGACGAUGG